CGGAGGGGAAAACCUGGGCUGCCGUUGGUUCUUAAGGUAGAGCGGAGCCAGAGACUCUGGUGCCAACACCCGCUCCCGCUAACUUUAGUCUCACUGCUGGCCCCCGCGAAGGCCAGCAGUCUGUCCCUGGCCUGUGGCUGGCCUGUCUUCCCACCUCCUCGGUCCCGGGUCUCUUUUCCAGUUUCCCGCGGGAACCGACUCUUGAAGAGAACCAACCGUGGCCGAGAGUUUUGCAGCCUGGCCAACCAGAGCCGCGGCGGGCGGCGGCGGGAAGAGCGUGUUGAGCUUCUGGCCACCGAGAGCCCGCCGGCUGAGACGCCCAAGUGGGCACCCACCUCGCGGCUAGGGUGAAGGCGUCGGCGGGACCAGCAUCGCCCAUCAGAAGACCUCUUCGGGGAACGGGGCUCAACCUCGGCGACCAUGUGCAGCCAGAUCCUUCCAGCCCUCCCCCAAACAUCUUCUAGUAGCCUGGACCUGUGGAGGGAAAAGAAUGACCGGCUCGUUGGACAGACUAGGGUAAGAUGGUUCUGGGACCCUCGCCUUGUAAUCUCAAGAUCCCAGAAAGCGGGUUUGCAAUGAUUUCACCCUAAGCCUGGGGGAAGGGGCAGAGCUUGAUCUCUGUCCAAAGAACCAGAAAUGACUGGAAAAUGUGUCCCACUCUUGUCUCGGUCACGAGGGAGAAGGACUGAUCCUCAGCGGCCCCCUCCUAAUUGCAGCAGCUGAUUGGGGAUUCUCGUCCGUCUUUGAGGCGACAGCAGUUGGCUCAAGACACACUGGAAGGGUUUAGAGAGCUCCUCCUCACUUUGCAAGGCUAGCCUGUGAGACCAGCAUCUGUCGCUCCAGGACUCCCUGCUGCUCUUCCUGCUCUCCCCUUGGAGCUGACUGUCACCUGUAAUUAUAUAAUCCUGAGGGCUAGCCUGGCCCAGGGUUUCACUGAAGACCUUAUCAAGGAUGUUCAAAGGGGCCUAGAGAGAGUGAUGGAGACCCAGAAUCAGCUGGAGCCAAAGUCACAGCAGGGACUCCAGGAGCUGUGGCACUCUGUCCUUUCUGCUUCCUCCCUUCUGCCGGAGCUGCUACCUACCUUACACUGCCUGGCCAGCCUUCAAGCUGUCCUCUGGAUGAGGACUGACUGCUCGGGGGACCUGGCCUUGCUCUUGCAAGCCCUCAAUGGCAGCCAGACUGAGACCUCUGAGGAUCUGCUACUGCUGCUAAAAUCCUGGAGCCCUCCGGCUGAGAAGUCAGAUGGCCCAUUGAUUCUGCAGGAUGCUCAGGGGUUGCGGGAUGUCCUUUUGACCGCACUUGCCUGCCGCCAAGGCCUCCAGGAGCUUAUCACAGGGAGCCUACCCCGUGCACUGAACAGCUUGCAUGAAGCAGCCUCAGGCCUGUGUCCACCAUCUGUGUUAGUCCAGGUGUACACGGCGCUGGGGACCUGUCUCCGUAAGAUGGGAAAUCCACAGAGAGCGCUGUUGUACUUGACUGCUGCCCUGAAGGUGGGAACAACCUGUGCCCUUCCUCUUCUGGAGGCUUCCAGGAUAUAUCGGCAACUAGGAGACACAGCAGCCGAGCUGGAGAGCCUGGAGCUGCUGGUUGAGGCCUUGAGUGCCACUCAUGGUCCCAAAAUGCUCAGACUUCUCAUUGAGGUGGAAUUGCUGCUUCCACAACCCGACCCAGCCUCUCCUCUUCACUGUGGCACACAGAGCCAGGCCAAGCACCUGCUAGCAAGCCGAUGUCUGCAGACAGGGAGGGCAGGAGACGCUGCGGAGCAUUACUUGGACCUGCUGGCCGUGUUACUGGGUGGUGGCUCAGAGCCGAGGGUCUCCCCGCCCACCUGCUCUCCCGGGCCUUGUGUACCAGAGUUGUGUCUGGAGGCGGCGGCAGCGCUGAUCCAGGCAGGCCGAGCCCCAGACGCUUUGACUGUAUGCGGGGAGCUGCUCAGCCGAACUUCAUGUCUGCUUCCCAAGAUGUCCGUGUGGGAAAAUGCCAGAAAGAGAACCAAAGGACUGCCAUACUGCCCACUCUGGGUCUCUGCUACCCACCUGCUUCAGGGCCAGGCCUGGUCACAACUAAAGGCUCAAAAAGAGGCACUUAGUGAGUUUAGCCAGUGCCUUGAGCUGCUUUUUCGGGUCCUGCCUGAGGACAAAGAACAAGGUGCAGGCUCCAGCUGUGAGCAGAAGUGUAGGCCUGAUGUGGUACUGAAACAGCUUCAAGUAGCUGCUCUGCUUAGUCGUGGGCUAGAAUGGGCAGCCAGUGGCCAGGAUACCAAAGCCUUAAGUGACUUCCUCCUUAGUGUGCAGAUAUGCCCAGGCAAUAGAGAUGGCUCCUUUUACCUGCUUCAGACUCUGAAAAGAUCGAAACGGAAGAACGAGGCCACUGCUUUCUGGCGGGAGGCCCAAACUCGAGCACCACAGGAAGAAGCUACCUGGUCUCUUCCACUGUAUUUAGAAACCUGUUUGAGCUGGAUCCAUCCCCCUAACUGUGAAGCUCUCCUUGAGGAGUUUGGAACAUCUCUGCUGGAGUCUCAUGACCUGUAGCUUCCUUGUUCCCAGGAGCUUGAGCUGGGGCCCCUGUGGACCAUCUCCAUGGGGAGGGUUUUUUCCUCCCUUAUCCUCUUUGGAUGAUAUGGCUGGAGCUGAUUGUUCCUAAGUCACUCCUCCACUGCUGAGCUUGCUGGUCUUGUGAGCUUGUCUCCUUGUGCCAGUCUAGUUCCAGAACAAAUCAUUGACUUCGGUCAUGACACUUGUUUCCUGUUUCUUUUCUUUCUUCCUUUUUUUUUUGGUAUGUGUGUUGAGUAAAAUCUUGUAUUUACCUAUUAUCUGCUUAUUACACGUGGUUGAAUGGGAAGAGUCAUGGCAGACUAGUUGGGUGUUGGUUAUUUAAGAUGCUGUCUUCCCAACAUCCAACUUUCGUCUACCUUCCCUGCUUCCCAGGUCUCCUCUUCCCUCCCACUUUGUUUUUGGAAGGUUGGAUUCUGGGGACUGAACUCCAGUUCCUCACAUAGAAGUCCCCAGCCCCUCCCUACCCCUCACCCAACCCCCACUAUCUGUCUGUCUGAAGAGCCCGAGGUAUGAGCAUGAGGAAAAGGCUACGUUAAUCCUUCCGAGGAAGCAGUGAUAUAGUCCUUUAAAUUAUUAAAAAUUUUAAUUACUUAUUUUAAA